AUGUGGUCGCAGCGCGACCCUACGGUGCGGAAGAGCACGAGCGGCAACCUGUUUGUGCGUAACCUGGACCGUGGUGUGGACAGUCGUGCGUUGCAUGACACGUUUUCGCUGUUCGGCAACAUCUUAAGUUGCAAAGUGGUAGCGGACGAGCAGGGUCGUUCGAAGGGGUAUGGUUUCGUUCACUUUGAGUCGGACGAAGCGGCUGCCUUGGCGGUGGACCGUGUGAAUGGCAUGAAGAUUGGGUCUAAGGAGGUGUAUGUGGGCCCUUUCCAGAAGCGCGGUGAGCGUCCGAAUGGGCGGGCCGAGAAUUUUACGAAUGUGUACACCAAGUCCUACCCGGUGUCUUGGGACGAAGGCAAGUUGCGUAGCCUAUUUGCCGGCUUCGGUGACAUCACUUCGAUCUUUACCUCUACUGACUCGCGCGGUCGCCCCUUCGCGUGCAUUAACUACGCCGAGCCGGACCAGGCCCGGAAUGCCGUAACUGCUCUAAACGGCAAGAAGGUAAACAAUGAAGGCCUGCUUCCCGAAGAGAAGCAGACGACUACCAGCGCGGACGCUGACAAACACGCAAGUGCUGAAGGCAAGUCCGCUGCGGAGGAGAACAAGGCUGAGGACAAGCAGAACACUGAAGACAAGGAGAAGAGUGAAAACAAGGAGAAGAGUGAAAACAGUGGUCAAGACAAGACUGGUCAAGACAAGACCGGUCAAGACAAGACCGAUGAGGCUGAGGAGGAUGAUGCUGAGGUGCCGAAGCGUAUGGACGCGAAGCGAGUGGACAAUGAGGAGGACGAGGUAAUGGUGUUGUACGUAGAUCGUGCGCAGGACCGUGCAGAGAGACUGGCUUCUCUCAAAGCCAAACACGAUCGGUCUGGUGGUGGAAUUGCGUCUAGAAACCGUUACGAGGGCGUGAAUCUAUACAUCAAGAACCUGUCGGACUCCGUGGACGACGCGGGACUGCGUGCAUUGUUUGAGGCCUUUGGUACUAUCACGAGUGCGAAAGUGAUGAAGGACGAAGAUGGGCACAGCAAGGGUUUCGGUUUCGUAUGCUUCACGACCCCGGAGGAGGCGACUAAGGCGUUAGCAGAAAUGCACUUAAAGCUGCAUGACGCCAAACCUCUGUAUGUGGGUCUUGCUGAGCAGAAGGAUAGGCGUCAAGCGCGUCUCCAGACGCACUUUAAGGGCACUGCUGCCCGGACCGCAGCACCCCAACAAAUCCCACAGGGUGUACCCACUGGUGUCCCGACUGGGUUCCCUCUGCCACCCUACUUCUCGCAGCGGCCUAUGGGCCCCUGGACUCAACCACCUCCAUUCCAGGGCGCCCCCGCCAACUUCAUGUGGAAGGCUGCCGCACCCACCCUCCCUCCAAUGGCACCCAACUACGUCAGACCUGCACCCGUUGCAGCCGCCGCACGCCGUGCUGCGCCACCCACACACAUGCCAGAGGCCACUAACAAACAACUCAUUGGCGAACAACUCUUCCCCCUCGUCCAGAAGUUCCAGCCGGAACUUGCCGGCAAGAUCACAGGCAUGAUGCUCGAUAUGGACGAACAAGAACUCAAGGUCCUCCUCGAAUCUGAAACUGACCUAAAACUCAAGAUCGAUGAAGCCAUCCGCGUCCUCGAAAAGGCAGCACAACAACAGAUAGUACACUAG